GUGAUGAGCCAAUCAGGCUGUGAGCGGUGAAGGAAGCGUCGUUUCUCGGGGAUAAAAGUGAGGUGAUGAUCUGAGGUGACAUCCGCAGCCAUGGAGCUCCUGUCCGUCGCGUGCCUCUGUCUCCUCACCUGGUCUGGAGUGACGUCUGCUGAUGAAAGAGGGCCAGUGGUCGUGACAGAAGGGAGUGAUGCUGUUUUACAGUGUUCCCUCAGCACCAAGCAGAACAUUGAGAAAGAGCUCUUUGACUGGAAGAAGGAUUUUCAGAAGGAGGUCUUCCUGUAUGAUGCAGGAAAGCAUUACAAUAAUGGACGUGAAGGUCAGGAUGAGCAGUUCAAAGGUCGCGUCUCACAUUUUCAAGAUGAACUGAAGCACGGCAACGCCUCCAUCAUCAUCAGAAAUACGAAGGUGGCUGACAGUGGAAACUACACCUGUGAUUUUCCACGUCUUCAGCCAAGGCAAACAUUCCACAUUGAGCUUGUUGUUGGUGGCAUCUUAAAAGACAGAAGAAAUGAAAGCAUCCCAGGUGCAGCUCAAAAACCGUAUGUCACAACACUCAAAACAAAGGAUGGAAUGCUGCUGCAGUGUGAAGUUUAUGGUGCUUUUCCAAAACCUACAGUAGAGUGGAAGGACAGUGCUGGAAACAUCAUUCCUGCUAAUGAACUGCAGGUCUCAGAGAGAGAGAGGGGAGGCGGCUACGACAUCAUCCUCCAAGCUACUGUGACCAAGACAGACACCUUCCGCUGUGUUGUCACACAGCAGGACAUAGACCACCAGAUUUAUGCUGAGACCUAUGUGGCUCUCUCUCCUCUCUCCCGCGAAGGGUUCUCCACUGGAUCGAUUGUUGCUGCUGUUCUUGUUACAUUUUUCCUCACUGUUAUUGGUUGUCUAGUUCUGGUUCGUGUCAGGCAUCGUAUCAGAUAAAAUUCUGAGAAAGGCUCACCGACUGAGAGCUCAGUCACUGAGGGCAGCUGCCUGAUCCAGUCAGUGCUGUUGUCUGCAUGUGAACAGUUACAGCAGCUCCCCUCUCUAUAGCUGUGUUUCCACUGGCUUGAUUUUAGAAGCAUUUUCAGUUUGCACAUUUAAAAACGGUUGUAGAAACACCAGAAAUAUGAAGAGAAACAUGUCAGAAUAUCCCAAAACAGUUUUUGUCUUUGCUGAGGUGGAAAACAUGAUUUAUUGAUGAAAAGAAACUGCAACAAAGUGCAGAAACAGACUUUGAUUGGACCUCUUUUAAUUAUGUUGUGUCAUUGUUUCCUCUUCUUCUGCAGUGGUUUAAUGGCAUCUGACCAGAGAAUCAGUGCCAUCAUCUCUUUAUGAACAAACUUUGCAUUUUCUUUUCCCAUUUGAUGGCUUUUACUUUCAAAACAAGGUCAACACGUCAUUAUGAAUUAGUUUGUUUCAAACGUCAACGGAACAGAAGAGAGCAGGUGACCUUUAUUACUGACAGAUCUGAUCAUUAAUUGAUUGUUCUGUUAAAUGAGAUUUAACUGAAUAUGUGGGGUGUGAUUGAGUUCCACUCUUGUGCAGCUUUAAGAGAAAAAAAACACACUUUUACUUUGUUACUAAUGUUGUUGAGGACAAUGACAACUUCUUGCACUCUUUUCUAUUGUUUUUAUUGUUUUUAUUUUUAUUUCUCAUUAUCUGCAUAUUAUGAUUCUUUUAUGGUAUGGAUCUAACUUUUACUCUGUCCUCUGUGUAGAUUCCUUUAAAUUCAAUUCAAUUGAAUUUUAUUUAUAUAGCGCCAAAUUACAACCGAAGUUGUCUCAGGAGACUUUACAUAUAGAGCAGGUACAGACCAAACUCUUUAUCUACAGAAACCCAACAAUUCCCUCAUGAGCAAGCACUUGGCGACAGUGGCGAGGAAAAACUUCCUUUUAGGAGGCAGAAACCUCGAACAGAACCAGGAUCUGGGUUGGUGGCCAUCUGCUUUGACCGGUUGGGUGGGUGAGAGAGAGAGAGAGAGAGAGAGAGAGAGAGAGAGAGAGAGAGAGGGAGAGAGAGAGAGGAGA